AAUACAUAAUCAUUGAUAUCAAAGUUGAUAUACCACAAAGAGUAUUUUUGUCCUCAAAGAUUCACCAAAAAUCUAUCAAUUUUAAUCCUUUACGUUGAUUAACAAAUUUUUUAAACAUUAUUGGACUUGUCACUAACGAGAUAUUUUAGAAAGACUUCAUAGAUUGUCUCAAAUAAAAUUUCAAAAAGAUUUAGCAACUUACGUGAUAUUAAAUGUAUUGAAAUCGUAUUAACAAUAUUUAUGUGAACAAUUUCUGAAGCGGAUCUUACUUUAUCGGUGUAAUAUUUUAGAGAAAGUUUCUGAGAAAACAAUUUCUCUUUGAAAAAUGAUUCAUUUUGAGUAUUUUGGCGAUUCUGUUACAUAACCCAUUACUUAAUCCAAAAUUAAUUAAAAUAAUAAUAAAAUAUUUUUAACGAUAAUAUUUAUAUGAUAGUAAAUAGAAAUAAACAUCUUUAAGUUGCGAAGCCAAUGAACUUGUCAUUGACAAUGGGAUUUCCGAACUUGAUUACACAACGACUUUCUCCCGGUUCUGCAUCCCAACGAAACGUUGUCUCGUUACCCAACAGGGUUUUGCCCGCCAAUCUUUAUACUUGUAGGUUUUUAACCCCUCUAUCGUAUAUAAAUUCUCAGCACAUCGGUUGAGUACCAUCAAAAGUGGUUUAAAGUCCAUUCGGGAAGCAGCGCUCCGAAAUUUCGAUUUUAAACGAAAUAUUCUUGCCAGUUACUUGCGAUUCCCGACACGGAAUUAGUUAACAGUUAACUGACCCCGGCCACUUCGCUUCUUAAACCGCCUGGAAUCGUCGUCUUUGACACACUUUUGUGCUGAAGCCAAAUAGUGUAGUAGAAAGCAGUUUCUAUUAUCAUCUGUUGUGCGUAACCAAGAGUGGUCGUUCCUCGAAGAGAUGACAUCGGCGACUAUUAGGUGGUCUCUCUUGGUCUUCACGUUCUCCAUUGUGGCGCUGCAAUCUGGUGGGCAAAAUGCGAAUGAAGAUGUUGAGGAUUCUCGACAAGGAAGAGGUUUUCUUGAUUGGAUUGGUUUGGGAACUGGACCAGAUACAGAUCCUUAUUUAGCGAGAACCAACGCAGCUUGUUUAAAUGGAGACCUUGCGGAAUGCUUUAAAUCACGCGCUUUGGUUUCGCUGGAUGAAUUUUUCGCUCAACCUUUCUAUCAGUUAACUGAAAAUGCUAGACUUGUAAGGAUGCCAGAAACGCAAUUAAGAAGUUUGGCACAGGAACCGUAUCAAUUCACUCAAGCUCCAAGAGCUGAUGAACCGGAAUGGGAUCAAUUAGUAAAGUUUGUUAUGCGAAAGGUUGAAAAGUUUUUGAAAUCUACCGCGAUCGAAGCUGAUUUUACAAACGACAUCACUGAAAGCGGGCGAUAUUCGCCGAGGUUUGUUGAUGAAAUUGCCGAUGAAAUUGAUAUUAUUGAAGAUAAAAAGGAUUCUUUAUUCAAUCGUAAACAACUUAAAAAAUUGUUUAUCCCAAUGUUGAUUAUCUUAAAACUUUUCAAAUUGAAACUCCUGCUUUUCUUGCCGUUAAUUCUGGGAUUGGCUUCGUUUAAAAAACUUUUGGGAUUCUUAGCUAUUGUAAUUCCUGGAUUAAUUGGUUAUUUCAAACUUUGCAAGCCAAAUCUCUCAUCGCCUUUUGCAUCAAAUAAUUAUCACCAUGCUCAAUAUUCGCCCGCUGGAAUUGGUUAUCAACCUCAUUAUAAAAAUCCCUAUGGAAAUGAAGAAUAUAAUUAUUACGAUGAUGGAAGAAAAAUAAACUUUGGUGAGAGCGCCCAUGAAUUGGCUUAUAAUGGAUAUGGAGAGUAUAGAAGUAAAAAUAGUGGAAUUCAAGCAGAAACUUCAUCUAAAAAAUCAAUUUUACCCGAUUCAUAAAUUAAUUUUUCGUAAG